GCCACGCUGUCUUUCCCUUUCCUUGUUCUGAUUGGCUAAGGGUGCCGUUCCACCGUUCCAUUGGGUGCCGUUCGCUGCCAGUCGGAGGUUGGAUAUUUUCUGUCGCUGUCGGGCUUGGGAUGCUGUACUGCCUCCAUAGUGCCUGCAGGAGAGCCCACCCAGCCGCCACCGAGCACCCCGGCCCACGGUAGCCGCUGCCGGAAGUCACCAACGGGGUGGCUGGAAACCCAUGGGCCUUGCAGUGGCCGCUUUGGGACAGUGGGUUUUCAUCGCCUAAAAUCGGCCGGAGGGGGCGAAGGGAAGGCCGGAAGGUUCCGGGCCGCUCAGUCCGCAGCUUCGGGGGAUGUUUCUUUGCUUCAGGCCGAUUUCACAGACAGACAGUGGCAACUUCACGAACCUACUGUUGCACUCUGAGCAGCGGGCCAAUUUCUAUCAGAAUCGGAGAGAUUUCAUCUUUUCGGCACUCAAUCUUGUGAUCCUGUUGCCUUGGAACCGGAAUGUUCGCAUCGCUUACAGGCAUCCCUGCACUAAAGGAGGACACGCAAAUAUGCUUUAAUUUCCCUGUUUAUUAAAGCUGGUAAACUUUCAUAUUCCACAAUGGAGAAUGGGGCUCAGAUAUAUCAUCAUUAAGAUCAGUUGAUCAAUGGAUAAAGUGGAAAAAAUGUGGAACACUUUUAAGUACCGAUGCCAGAAUCUCUUUAGCCACGAUGAUGAGGCAAAUCAAAAUGACACCGUUGAUGUUAAUGCAAACAGAUGUUUAGGAGGGAUCGAUAAAAAUGAAAAUGCUUCUGGCCAGUCUGCCAUGCUCUCUAUUGGACCAUUGCAACAGAACAUUACCUCCGAGCUAAGUCCCAGCAGCAGCUCAAGUAGGAGGAAUCAGAACUGUGUUAGUGAAAUGCCUCAGCUUGUCGAGAUUAGUGUAGAGAGAGAUAACGACUCGGGGCUGAGUGCCGGGACCCGUUUAGCUCGCAGGGACUCCUACACCCGCCAUGCGCCAUGGGGUGGAAAGAAAAAGCAUUCUUGCUCCACUAAAACUCAGAAUUCUUUCGAUCCUGACAAAAAAAUCUGUAGAACAAGGAGUGGCCUUCAAAGGAGAGAAAGAAGGCAUGGAGCAAACUCUGUCCAUGACAUGGAGACUAUCGGCAGCAGAGCUGUAGGAAGUCGCAGCUUAAGGCAGAGGCUUAAUGAGACUGUUGGCCUGUGUUUCCCAAUCAGAACCUAUAACAGACCAUCCAAGCCCCUCUUUACUAACAAGAGAAAAAUUCAUCUAUCAGAGCUCAUGCUUGAGAAAUGUCCUUUCCCCCCUGGGUCAGACCUGGCACAAAAAUGGCAUCUGAUAAAACAACAUACAGCCCCUGUCAGCCCACAUUCAAGUUUUUUGGAAACGUUUGACCAGUCGGUGGUUUCUGCUGAGGACGAAGAAGAUCGGUUACGUGAAAGGCGCAGGCUUAGCAUUGAAGAGGGUGUAGAUCCACCUCCGAACGCCCAAAUCCACACAUUUGAGGCUACAGCACAAGUGAAUCCCGUUUAUAAGCUUGGACCAAAAUUAGCCCCUGGCAUGGCUGACAUAUCUGGGGAUGUUAAUGCAGUUUGUCAAGGUGGUUGCGAGUCUGAAGAAGAUACCACCACUCUCUGCCUGCAGUCGCGGAGACAGAAGCAACGGCAGUUUUCUGGAGACAGCCAUACCCAAAUUACCAAACAAGGGGCUUGGAAAGUUCAUACGCAGAUUGACUACAUUCACUGCCUGGUGCCGGACUUGAUCGAGAUUAUAAGCAACCCAUGUUAUUGGGGAGUCAUGGAUCGCUACGAGGCCGAGGCGCUCCUGGAAGGCAGGCCGGAAGGCACAUUUCUGCUCAGGGACUCUGCACAAGAGGAUUAUCUGUUCUCUGUGAGCUUCCGACGCUACAACCGAUCCUUGCACGCUCGCAUUGAGCAGUGGAACCAUAACUUUAGUUUCGACGCUCACGACCCGUGUGUAUUUCACUCCUCUACCGUGACGGGGCUUUUAGAACAUUACAAAGAUCCUAGUUCUUGCAUGUUUUUUGAACCUUUGCUCACCGUCCCCUUGAACAGAACUUUCCCUUUUAGUCUGCAGUAUAUCUGCCGGGCGGUUAUCUGCAGGUCCACCACCUAUGACGGAAUCGAUUUACUUCCCCUGCCGUCGAUGCUACAAGACUUCCUCAAGGAGUAUCAUUAUAAACAGAAAGUCCGAGUGCGGUGGCUAGAAAGGGAACCCAUUAAGUCUAAAUAAUAAAGUGGCGCAGCAUUUGUGUUCUCCGGUCCCCUUACCUUCUGAAAUAGCACCUCAUAGACUUAGGAUAUGCUUAACGUGUAUCAGUUUAUAAAGCACAUUUACUUGUAUUUAGUUAUUAUGACAGUAUCUCACUUCAAGCUUUAAAUGUUUCAGUCAAUGGUAUUCUGCCUGUAAGGAGACAGAAGUGCAUUCUUUGGAACUAUGAAGCAGAACACAGUACUGCAUGUUCUAUUGAAUGCCGACACUAAUAUAUUAUUGUACUAAUGCUUGCUUCUCCUUCCAGGCUGUAGCUUGGAGCGAGCUAUUUAGAAGGCUUUCUAAUAGAUAUCUAUACGCAAAUGUGCAGUAACUUUAAAAAAAAACACAAAUACACGUAAUUAGGACCCCCAUCCUCAUUAAAGAAAAAAAAAAUAACCUUGACUCCCCAGAUUUCCUGCAGGCAGCGCUAGACCAGUUGCUUAGCUCCCAAACCCACGUGCCGGGUAACAUUUAUUGUGUUUUAUUCAGCUUCAUUUGAAAUGUAUGACAGAAUAAUCAGCAAUAUUGUGUUAAAUACCAAGAAAAAGAAGCUAUUAAACUACUGGUGCUUAAACUCAAUUAAGUAAAAAGAAAACAACACAAAUAAGACUGAGUUAGGUGAAUAUUUCUUUUUUGGAUCAUUUUACUAGCAGAUUUACACGACAACGUCUAUCCACAUUGGCUGGCUGUAAAAUGUAGGGUUGGUGCUAAUAAGAUAGCGAGGGUUUUCAUUUUGAUUUGAGUUCUUGAUUGGCAACAUAGAAUUUCUUCAUUUAUCCUCUUUUUAACCCAUUUUAUGUCAAGAUGUUACAGAACUACAAUCCCCAGAAUCCUUGUGUCCGCUGGGGGUACUGUAUUUUGCCUAUAGCCUAUUGGGGUGCUUUUUAACAAAUGAUUCACUAGUAAAAUUGUAUAGAAAAUUUAA